AGUCUAGAAGCUGACAAGUGUGAGGAAGAACAUUGAAUGAGUUUAUUUUAGUGGUGACCAAUGACACCCAUUAAUGAUUUUAAAUUUCUGCUUCGCUUUCUAAUGACUAUUGACACCUUCUCUGUUGUCCCAUAUAUAAAAACUGCCCCUUCUCUUCUUCAAUUUCUCUCUGGAUUUUUCGUUCUGUUCAAUUUUCCCAAAUUUAUCGUUUUGUGUUUGUUUCGCCAUUGACGAAGUACUCGAAGAAGAAGAAGAGACGGAGUCUAUGGAUGAUGGAUCCGCUGCUGAUUUUAACCGUCGUUUCGAGGAUUUCACCGACGGUUGCAGCAUCUCGUGCAGCUCGGUUCACAAUCCCGACAACGAUCACGACCAAGACGAAGAGCAUCUUCUUCUGAGGAGGAGAAGGAGGUCAGACCUCGAAGGCGAUGACAUAGCCGAAUCCUCCGCUGCGAGGAGGCGCCAGUCUCGGAUCCUGAGCCGUUGGGCUGCGAGGCAGGCUCAGGAGAUGAUUACAACCAUCGAGAGGAGGAACCGUGAGUCUGAGCUGAUCGCCAUUGCUGGUUUGCACGCUGUCUCUACGCUUGACUCUUCUUUCCUCAGGGAGGAGACUCCUCCUCCUACCUCCUCGAGGCGUCAGGCUGCUGAGAGGAGGCCUAGGAGACAAGCAUCUGAGAUUUUUCAGAUGUGGAGAGAGUUGGAGGAUGAGCACGUGCACAAUAACAGGGCACGUGAGAGGCUGAGGCCGAGGCAGGUGAGUGGAAACAAUGAGAGCCUGAGGGGAUCAAGUGAGAGUGAGAAUGAUUAUAUAUCUUCCAGUAGAGAACAGUCUCCAGAUCUUGCCGAUGUUGAGAGUAGUGAGAGGGUGAGACAAAGUGUACGUGGAUCGACAGAUAGUAGUGGUGGGAGAGACGAUAACCGUAGAGGAGAGUUGGUUGGUGAUACUGAGAGAGAAAGAGUGAGGGUUGUCAGGGAACGGAUGCAAAUGACAAGUCAGCAGAGAGGAGCUCGUGCAAGUCGAAGAGAAGAUGAGCAACGAUCUCUAGGUUCACAAGAUGACAGGGCUCAUGAGAGUUCACAAGUUCAGAAUGAGGAAGGGCGACGGGAGGAUACUCGUAGAGACUUGCGGAGAUUACGAGGAAGGCAGGCAUUUGUUGAUUUGCUCAUGAGGAUUGAACAAGAGCGGCAGCGAGAGCUUCAGGGUUUGUUGGAGCAUCAUGCAGUCUCUGACUUUGCUCAUCGCAACCGGAUUCAGUUGCUUCUUAGAAGAAGAUUCUUGCGGAAUGAGCCACCUGCAGAGGAAAUUAGGGCUCCGUCAAUGGCAGCAAGUGAACUUAGUCAGCUAAGAGAAAGACAUACAGUUUCUGACUUGCGGAGGGGAGCCCGUGACAGGCUAGAAAGCAACACUAAUGGCGAUAACAUGAACACUUCCAGGAUUAAUCCAACAAUAGCUAAUACUACUGAAGAUUCUCAGAGGAUAUAUGAGAGCUUGAGUUCUUCUAGACAGGGGAAUGGUACCCCACUCUUACCUAACGAUUUCGGCAGGUCCGGAAGUAACCGAACAAAUCUAGAUAGAAAUUGGGAAGAAGAUACCAGUCAACAAAGGGAUUGGCCUGAAGUUUUCAGAACAGACGAGAGCCGAAAUUUCCUACAAGCAACGUUAAGCCAGUUAAGCGAAAGGGAUAAUGGUAACGCAGUUAUAAAUGAACAAGAAAACUCAGUAGAUGACCUGCACCCGGGCAGAGCUGGAAAUUCAGACGAAACUGUUAUAGUAGAAGGUCAGAGUGCAUGGUCUGCAGAUAACUCCACACAGUCUGAUGGUAAUCCUGAUACACGAUUUGGUGCACUAAGGAAUCGCCGUGCAGUACCAAUGAGAAGAUUAAGCAGGCUCCAUUUACCUGAUGACGAUAAUGUUUACAGCAUUGAGCUUCGAGAGCUACUAAGCAGGAGAAAUGUUUCUAACCUUCUACGUAGUGGUUUCCGUGAAAAUCUGGAUCAACUGAUACAGUCCUAUGUUGAGAGGAGAGUUGACUGGGAACUUCAACCAGCAAUAUCGGAUUCUCAAGAACAGCAUACAGAACAACAAGGGUUUCUACAAGACGAGGACCAGCUUGAUGGCAUUAAUCGAUCACAAACACCACAAAUAAUAAGGCAUCACACAAACUACGCUCGGCCCUCUCUGCAUCGAUCUGAACUUGAAUGGGAGAUGAUGAACGACUUGAGAGGAGAAAUGGCUAAAAUUCAGCAAGGAAUGAGUCAUAUGCAGAGGAAUUUAGAAACUUGUAUGGAUAUGCAGUCUGAGCUGCAGCGUUCGGUUAGGCAAGAGGUCUCCGCAGCUUUAAACAGAUCUCCCGGUGACGAAGGUCUUGGACCAGGAACAUCCGAGGAUGGGUCGAGAUGGGGUCAUGUAAGGAACGGGACUUGCUGUGUCUGCUGUGAUACUGACAUAGAUGCCCUCUUGUACAGAUGCGGGCACAUGUGUACUUGCUCGGAGUGCGGUACCGAGCUAGUAAGAACUGGAGGGAAAUGCCCGUUGUGUAGAGCGCCAAUCCUUGAGGUAAUCAGAGCCUACACUGUCGCAUAAGCCCUCUGAGAUUGGAGCACAAGGAAAAACAAACAAAGAAUGGAUGUCUGAGCAAGAACAGAUUGUUUCAGAGAUGUAAACUCUCUGAAAAGGAUCAAACCAAGAGCAGCAGACACCAAUCUAUUCUGUUAACAGUAGGUUUAUUUAUUUAUUUCAUUGAUUGAUUGUCAUGUAGCUCUAAAGAAAGAACAAAAGUAGUUGAGAGAAAUUUCACAAAGAUAAUGGGAUGAAAUUUUGCAUACUUUUUGCAUACAGAUUCACCAUAAAAACUAAUUAUGCGUCUUCCUGUUU